UACUACAUCAUCUUACAGUGCCGCGGUCGAGCUGCUGCUCGGCCCGGUGUGUUCCAUACAGACGCUAAAAGGUGAUUUCUGCGUUGUAUAUGGCGCUGAGAGCCCCUGACCAAACGCCAAGCGUCCAACCAAGAGUUGUGAAUGAGAACGGGUUGAACACACGCACACGCACACACACACACACACACACACACACACACAAACAUCAUCAGGCCCUCCAGCGUCGACGACAUCAGCUGUGUGAAGAGGAGCUUCUCCUGGAACCAGUGAGGGUACGUGAGCAUCAUUUAUUCAUUUAUUUAUUUUAAGGCAAGUCAAGCUGUCAGUUUUAUUUUAUUACAAAGGAUUCAACAACAAAAGAAAGGCAUGUUUUAAAGCUGCCUUUGAAAGGCAUGACAACCAGAGCACAUCCAUCAGCAAGCUAAUCCAGCAACUAGAGGCAUUCAAACUUUACCACAUUUUGAGUACCGGUGCUACAGUAGCUGGCGUGAGAGAACAGAGUGGCUCCUAGCUUUUAAGCCUGUCCUAACAUACAGUACAGCACAGCACAGUUUAUGGUGGAGCAAAACCAUUCAGAGCUUUCUAGAAAAGCAAGAUGAAGAUUAGGCAUCAUUUAAAUAAUUAAGUAAGAAAUAAUACAGAGCAAUGUGUCCAGAGACUUUGCUAUGUACACUUAAGUAAAUAAUGAAGGAAGUGGAAGGGGAAGAGUCUCAUCAUGUAAAGUGUGUGUGUGUGUGUGUGUGUGUGUGUGUGUGUGUGUGUGUGUGUGUGUGUGUCUGUGUGUGUCUGUGUGUCUGUGUGUGUGUGUGUGUGUGUGUGUGUGUGUGUGUGAGAGAGCAGAUGCCGUUCCCCACGUGUGUCCCGGUGACCCAGUGACUCUCUGCAGAUGAUGCCAAGAGGUGACGGACUGAUGGACGAAGAGGAGGCUCCAGUGGCUCUGGUGGUAGAUGGAGAAAGGAGAGAAGUUAUAACGGUGGAGGGAGAGAGAGGAGAAUCUUUCCAGGAGACGUUGGCAACGACAGCGACGAUGCUGAUCACCGUUGUUGACGCGACUACUAGAAGGACGGAUGUUGAGGAGAAGGUGGAGGUUGGGACUGACAAACUAACAGAAGAAAAGGAGGAGAAAAAGGAAGAGAAAGACGGAGGAGAUGAAGAGAAUGGAGAGGAAGAGGAGAGUCAAGCUAAGAAGUUGGUCGGACCCUGGGAAUCAGAGGCGUCCUCUGAUGUAAAGCCUCCACUUCCAGACCCAGCAUUCAACAGGAGGUGCAGCCUGCUCGCCAGUGAUGUGAAGUAUAAGGAGGACCUUGAGAAGAUGCGGGGUCAGAGUCUGUUUGUUCCUGGAGCCGAACUCAUCCACUCCAAGAACAUCAGCGCUGUGAUAUCUGAGUCGAAGUACAAAGAGGAGGGAAAGAAGGAAGCGUCGAUGUCUCUGUACUCGGUCCUGGCAGAGACUCCCGAGACUCAGCACGCCAGAGAGGCUUCAGAGCUGCAGAGCGAGAUCAAAUACAAAGGAAAUGUGAAGACGGAGAUUUCCUCGUCUCUUUAUUCUCUUCUGCCGGAAACCACCGAGACCCAGUUUGUCAAAGAGCUGACGGAGAUACUGAGUGAGAACAAGUACAAGGAGGAAGGAAAGAAGGAGAUGAGCAGCAGUUUGUACUCUCAGCUUCCUGAAACCAGCGAGACGCAGCUGGCCAAAGCCGUCCACGAGUUUCAGAGCGAGAAAAAGUACAAAGAAGACGGGAAGAGAAAGGCCUCCAUCUCUCUCUAUUCUCAACUCGCCGACACUCCAGAAAUACAACACGCUCUGGAGAUGUCACAGCUGCAGAGUGAGGUGAAUUAUCGGCCUAAUUUGCUGGUUAAAGGAGCUCCGUCCUCUCUAUACUCUCAGCUGUCCGACACCACAGAGAUCCAGUUUGCCAGAGAGAUGACUGAGAUGCAGAGCGAGAGUAAGUACAGGGACGGCAGCAGGAGGAGACUCUCCCAGAGUUUCUACUCUCAGCUCCCGGAGACCGCCGAGACUCAGUUCGCUAAAAGUGUUGCCGAGCUGCAGAGCGAGAUGCGGUACAAGGAAGCGGGUAAGAAGGGCGUGAACUCGUGUUUGUACUCUCUUCUCCCGGAGACUUUAGAGACGGCUCACGCCAAGGAAGUGUCUGAGCUGCUCAGUGAGGUGAAGUAUAAAGAGGACGGUAAGAAGGAGAUGAGCAUCAACCUGUACUCUCUGCUGCCUGAGACCAUCGACACCCAGCACGCUAAAGAGGCCUCAAACCUGCAGAGUGAGCUGAAGUAUAAAGAAGGCGUGAAGCAGAAGAACCAGAGCAGUUUGUACCACCAGCUCCCAGAGACCACGGAGACACAGCUGGCCAAACAGCUGUCUGACCUGCAGAGCCAGGCAAAGUAUAAAGAAGCUGGAAAGAAGGAAGUGAACACCUGCCUGUACUCUGUUCUGCCUGAAACCCUGGAGACACAACACGCCAAAGAGAGCAGCGAGCUGCUCAGUGAGAUUAAAUACAAGGAGAGCGGGAAGAAGGAGAUGUCCAGCUCCCUCUACUCCACUCUGCCCGAUACUUCAGAAACCAGCUUCGCCAGAGAGAUGAGCGACAUGCAGAGCGAGACUAAGUACAAGGAGAGUGGGAUGAAGAGCCUUUCUCAGAGCGUCUACAGUCAGCUCCCAGAGACCGCUCAGACUCAGUUUGCUAAGACUGUUUCGGAGCUGCAGAGCGAGAUGAAGUACAAACGGGGGAAGAACGACGUGUCCAGCUCUCUGUAUUCCACUCUGCCGCAGACUCUGGACACGCUGCACGCCAAAGAGGCUUCGGAGCUGCAGAGUCAGCUCAAGUACAAGUCGGCUCUGAAGAACGGUGCUUCCUCCGGUCUGUUCCACCUGCUGCCGGAGACGUUAGAGACGGCCCACGCUAAGGAAGUCUCCGAGCUCCUCAGCGAGGUGAAGUAUAAAGAGGACGGUAAGAAGGAGAUGAGCAUCAACCUGUACUCUCUGCUGCCUGAGACCAUCGACACCCAGCACGCUAAAGAGGCCUCAAACCUGCAGAGUGAGCUGAAGUAUAAAGAAGGCGUGAAGCAGAAGAACCAGAGCAGUUUGUACCACCAGCUCCCAGAGACCACGGAGACACAGCUGGCCAAACAGCUGUCUGACUUGCAGAGCCAGACCAAGUACAAGGAGGCGGGUAAGAAAGAGGAGAAGACGUGUCUGUACUCCGUCCUGCCUCACACCAUGGAGACGCAGCACGCUAAAGAAGCUGCACAGCUGCUCAGUGACAUCAAAUACAAAGAAGGAGGGAAGAAGGAGAUGUCCAGCUCCCUGUACUCCACUCUGCCUGACACGUCGGAGACCAGCUUCGCCAGGGAGAUGACUGACAUGCAGAGCGAGAACAAGUACAAGGAGGACGGAAAGAGACGCCUCCCUCAGAGUUUCUACUCUCAGCUUCCAGAAACCGCCGAGACUCAUUUCGCCAAAACUGUCUCUGAGCUGCAGAGCGAGAUGAAGUACAAAGAAGCCGGAAAGAAAGGAGCGACGAGCUCUCUGUACUCGACUCUACCUGAGACGCUGGAGACACAGCACGCUAAAGAGGCUUCACAGCUGCAGAGCCAGCUGAAGUACAAGCAGAGUUUAAAGAAAGACGCCUCCAGUCUGUUCCACCUGAUGCCAGAAACUAUCGACACUCAGUUUGUCAGGGAGCAGACGGACAUGCUCAGCGAGGUCAAGUACAAAGAAGAGGGUAAGAAGGAGAUGAGCGUCAGCCUGUACUCUCUGCUCCCCGACACCAUCGACACACAGCAUGCUAAAGAGCUGACAGACAUGCAGAGUGAGGCUAAAUACAAAGAGGCCGGCAGGAAGCAGACGCAAACGUCUCUGUAUCACCGACUGCCUGAAACUCUGGAGACGCAGCAUGCUAAAGAGGCCUCGCAGCUGCAGAGUCAGAUCCUGUAUAAAGAGGCUGUUAAGAAGGAGUUGUCGUGUCCAGUUUACCACCAGCUGCCCAACACUCUGGAGACCCAGUUUGCCCAAGAACUCUCUGACAUGCAAAGCCAAAAUAAAUACAAGGAGGAGGGGAUGAACAGACUCUCUCAGAGUUUCUACUCUCAGCUGCCUGAAACCGCUGAGACUCAGUUUGCUAAAACUGUCUCUGAGCUGCAGAGUGAGACAAAGUAUAAGAAGUCCAGGAGGCAGGAGGCCGGCAGCUGUCUGUACUCCGUGAUGGCAGAAACUCUGGACACUCAACACGCCAAGCAGGCCUCGCAGAUCCAGAGCCAGGUGAAGUACAGAGAGGACGUGCAGAAGUCGUCCAGUCUGUUCUCCAGCCUUCCUCAAACCCUCCAGACUGAGCUGGCCAAGGAGGUGACGGAGCUCCAGAGCCAGGUGAAAUAUAAGGAGGGACAUAGGAAGGAAGCGUCCUCUUCACUCUAUCACCUCCUACCCGAGACGGCAGAGAUGCUUUUCGCCAAACAGAUGUCAGAGAUCCAGAGCGAGACCAAGUACAAGAAGGACCGAGAGGAUCUGCCCAACACGUUGUUCUCUCUGCUGCCGGAAACUCUGGAGACUCAGUUUGUGAAGGAGAUGGCUGAGACUCACAGCGAGGUGAAGUAUAAGCAGGCUGGGAAGCAGCAGGCGGCGUCGUCUCUGUACUCCAAACUGCCCGAAACUCUGGAGACCAAACACGCCAAGGAAGCGACAGAACUACAGAGUGAAAAAAAGUACAAAGAAGACGGAAGGAAGGAGAUGACGUCGUCUCUGUACUCUCAGCUUCCUGAAACCGCCGAGACGCAGUUCGCCCGAGAGAUGAGUGAGAGACAGAGUGAGAACAAGUAUAAGGAGAGUGGGAAGAAGAGCCAGGCCGUCAGCGUUUACUCCCAGCUCCCAGAGACUAACGAGAUCCAGUUUGCCAAAGCUGUUUCUGAAAUACAAAGUGAGAGCAAAUAUAAAGAAGCAGGCAGGAGAGACGCGUCCAGCUGUCUGUACUCGAAGCUGCCCGAGACUCGGGACACUCUGCACGCUAAAGAGGCUUCACAGCUGCAGAGUCAGGUGAAGUAUAAACAGGACAGUCAGACGGAGGCGAGCACGUCUCUGUAUCACCAGCUAGCUGAAACCACCGAGACGCAGCUGGCCAAAGAGCAGAGAGACGUCUCCAGCCAGGUGAAGUAUAAAGAAGAGGGGAAGAAGGAGAUGGGGAAGAACUUGUACUCGCUCCUCCCUGAGACGGCAGAGACCCACUUUGCCAAGCACAUGUCAGAGAUACAGAGUCAGACAAAGUACAAGAAGGACCGAGAGGAUCUGCCCAACACGUUGUUCUCUCUGCUGCCGGAAACUCUGGAGACUCAGUUUGUGAAGGAGAUGGCUGAGACUCACAGCGAGGUCAAGUACAAGGAGGCAGGGAAGAAGGAAGCCAGCAGCGCUCUGUACCACCGGCUGCCUGAGACUCUGGAGACGCAGCGAGUUAAAGAGGUCACGGAGCUGCAGAGCGAGAACAAGUACAAGCAGAGCGGGAAGAAGUCAAUGUCGUCCAGUCUGUACGCUCAGCUGCCGCAGACGGCCGAGACGCAGCUCGCCGCCAAGAUGUCCGACCUGCACAGCGAGAGUAAAUACAGAGAGGACGGGAUCCGGAGCCGCUCCCACAGCUUCUACUCUCAGCUUCCAGAAACCGCCGAGACUACCUUCGCUAAAAGCGUCUCCGAGCUGCAGAGCGAGGCCAGGUACAAGGAGGCGAGCAGGAAGGAUGCGAGCAGCUGUCUGUACCACCAGCUUCCUGAAACUCUGGAGACGCUACACGCUAAAGAGGCGACCGAGCUGCAGAGUCAGCUGAAGUACAAGGAGGGAGGUAAGAAAGAGCAGAUCAGCAGCCUGUACUCUGCGCUGCCGGAGACCGAAGAGAUGAAGGUCGCUAAAGUCGCCAUGGAGCUUCAGAGUGAGAAUAAAUACAAGCAGAAAGGCAGACAGGAGAUCAGCUGCAGUGUUUUCCACCAAAUGGCGGAGACCAAAGAGACGGAGUUUGUUAAGCAGAUCUCUGAACUUCAGAGUGAGACAAAGUACAAGAAGGACCGAGAGGAUCUGCCCAACACGUUGUUCUCUCUGCUGCCGGAAACUCUGGAGACUCAGUUUGUGAAGGAGAUGGCUGAGACUCACAGCGAGAGUAAAUACAAGGAGGCGGGUAAGAAGACGCUGGUUAACUGUCUGUACUCUCUGCUGCCUGAGACCAAAGACACGCAACAUGCCAAGGAGCAAAGCCAGCUGCACAGUGAGAAAGCGUACAGGGAGGAGGGUAAGAAGGAAGCCGGCUGCAGUCUGUACGCCCAGAUGCCCCAAACCAUCGAGACCGUCUUCGCCAAAGAGCUGACCAAGACGCAGAGCGAUAAGGUGUAUAAGGAGAAGUAUAACCGUGAGAAGGGGAAGUCCAGCUACACCAACAUGAAAACUCUGCCGGAGGUAGAGCAUGCCAUGGAGGUCAACAAGAACCAGAGUGAUGUCGGCUACAGGAAAGGCAAAGAGGAGCUUCAUCGCUACAACCUGGUGGCAGACAGAGCUGACAUCGUCAACGCCACCAACGCCGCCAAACUGGCCAGCAACGUAGCCUAUAAGAGUAACACCAAGCAGCAAGUUUACAGUGACGGCUUUCUUUUGGCCAGAACUGACAUCCAGCACGCCAAGGAGGUUUCAAAGCUAGCCAGCCAGGUGAAGUAUAAGGAGAGCUUCGACAGACAUUUAAAGGGCCAGCGUCCUCGUUACAACCCGCUGGACUGUCUCUCCUUCAAACACACGCAGGCUGCUGCUGCUCUGGCCAGUCAGGUGAAGUAUAAAACCAAGCAGAGCCAGAGAGCCGAGGGCUCUGCAGACCUGCCCAACCUCCUGCAGCUGGAGCACGUCCUGCACGCCAGCAAGCUGCAGAGCAACGUGGAGUACAGGAAGGAGUACAAGCAGGCGAAGGCUCAGUACCACACGGCUCUGGACACGGCUGAACAGCUCCACCACAGGGAGAACGCAGUGCUGCACAGCCAGGUGAAGUACAGAGAGGAGUAUGAGAGGAACAAAGGUCGCUCUCAGAUGGACUUUGAAGACACUCAGACGUACAAAGUGACUAAAGAAGCCCAGAAGAUGCAAAGCGAGAGAGAGUACCGGAGGGAAUACGAGGAGCAGAUUAAGGGUACAGGCCUGGUGGACGCAGACCAGACCCCCGCAUACCUGACAGCCUGCCACGCUAGCAGCCUGCUGAGCGAGAGAGAGUACCGGAGGGAGUACGAGGAGCAGAUUAAGGGUACAGGCCUGGUGGACGCAGACCAGACCCCCGCAUACCUGACAGCCUGCCACGCUAGCAGCCUGCUGAGCGAGAAGGCGUACAGGAAGGACUUGGAGCAGGAAGUGAAGGGGCGGGGCUUAUCCGGCGUCGGGCUGGAGGAAACACCUGAGCUGCUGAGGGUUAAAAAUGCCAAUCAGAUACUGAACGAGAAGGCGUACAGGAAGGACUUGGAGCAGGAAGUGAAGGGGCGGGGCUUAUCUGGCGUCGGGCUGGAGGAAACACCUGAGCUGCUGAGGGUUAAAAAUGCCAAUCAGAUACUGAACGAGAAGGAGUACCGCAGGGAUUUAGAGACGGACAUCGUCGGUAAAGGCAUGGAGCUGAGCGCCAACGUUCUCGAUAUGCAACGAGCCAAAAGAGCCUCAGAGAUCCUGAGGUCCUACAAGCAGACGGAGCAGCUCAGAGAAAACUCUUACGGGACGGUUACAGACACUCCUGAACUUCUGCACGCCUCCUACCUCAAAGAUGUCUACAGCCAGAAGAAGUAUAAGCACGAAGCGGAGCGUCUGAAGGGACGCUACAGUCUGCUGUCAGAGACACCAGAGAUGGAGAGAGUCAAGCCACCAGAGACACAUCAGCUCUCAGCUCCCACCGUGUCGCCCUCUAGCUGCGGUACUACUGCUGGGACUCCCAAGCUGUGA